AUGGCUUCACAAGGCCUCCAGGUCAUGGGUGUGAUGCUGGCCUUUGGUGGCUGGAUAUGCACCAUCGCUGCCUGCGCUCUGCCCAUGUGGAGAGUCACCGCUUUCACCGGGGGAAGCAUCAUCACGGCUCAGGAUAUCUGGGAAGGCAUUUGGAUGAGCUGUGCGGUCUCGAGCACAGGCCAGAUGCAGUGUGAGGACUAUGACUCCAUGCUGGCCCUCAGCCAGGACCUUCAGGCUGCCAGGGCCCUGAUGGUUGUCUCCAUCAUGGCGGGCAUCAUGGCUUUCUUGCUUUUUGUAUUCGGGGGGCAGUGCACCAACUGGGUGGAGAAUCCGACAUCCAAAAUAAAGGUGGGCAUUACAGCUGGGAUUGUGUUCAUCAUAGCUGGGGUCCUCUGCCUCAUCCCUGUUUGCUGGACGGCUAUCACCAUCAUCCAAGAUUUCUACAACCCACUGGUGUACAGUGCCCAGAAAAGAGACAUGGGUACUUCACUCUAUGCACUCUUUGUUGGCUGGGCGGCAGCUGCUUUGUUGAUAAUCGGAGGAGGGAUGCUCUGUGCCCACUGCCCAUCUAAUGAUGACAACUACAUUGCCAGGUACUCAGCUCCUAGAUUUAACGCCGUAGCACCAGCAUUUGGAAAAACCUUUGUCUGA